AUGAGCUCCUCACCUCGCUGCCGCAGCUCUCUCGAGGCGGCUAGUACACAAGCACUGGCCGGAUCGGUCCCGGGCGCAGGAAAUGAUGAGAGCAACAGUCCCCCGCAGAACCCAAGAGAGAAUGGAAACAAUGGGCCGAGUCCUCUCAAGCGCCCUUUUGCUCUUCAACAAUGGCUUGCGGAAUCACGGAAGGAUGAACCGUUUAAUGUUUUGGCUUCGGCUAGGGCCGCCGCCUCGGGCCAGGCCGAGAGCGUGCCGCCACCUUCAGCGGGGGACGCAAGAGGGUCCGUUAAACGCUGA